UUCCCUCCCCAUGGUCCCUAAUCUCAGUUUUUCUUGCUUUUGCUGUAGAAACUGUUGGCUCCCCUACAAAUUCCGACUCUCCCAGUACAUAAAUUACAUGCUCUCUUAUGCUUUUCCUUGAAGAACAAUGRCUCACCUUGACAUAAAGGACCACCAGAAGUGGCGCGAUAGCCAUAAUUAUAUUUUGAAUAAGUAUAUGCAAUUCAAAAUAUAUAAGCAUAAAAUAGUGAGCUUUUAAUUUACGGUGGAAUGUGUUCGGAACGUUAAUCGAUCUUAAAUCUAAUUGUAAUUAGAUUUAAGAAAAAAGGCUAAUAAAAAUUUCCAUACGUUCGCCUUGAUAUUUGCGUAGAUAUGAGUUACACUGCAGUUCCGAGAUCACUGUUGGAACAUUGUUCUGGAUACUCGUCACAUUCUUUAAUAGCUUGCGCAACUUCUUUUUCAAUUGAGGGCGAUAAAAUACUUCCAAGUGUACUUCUACGUUUUCUGGUUCUACCACGAUGUUUUGCCAUCACAAAAAGAUCGCUUGCUUUACGAAGUUCUCGAGCGACUGUAACAGCUUGUAUUGAAAUUGGAGCAGAAGAUGAACGCGAACGUUUCCCUUCAAACUCAAGAUGCCGUGUUUCCAAGAACUCCGUAGACCGAAAGGUAGGGCUUGAUUUCGUAGCGUGAAGAGGUUUAUGCGUAUUAAGACUUAUUUGCGUCGUUUCUUGGUUCUGUUUCGAAUUCCCUUGUUGAUCAGGGAUAUUUGACUCAGCCAUUGUUCGCCACUUUUAAAAAUAUAAUUUCCUUCAAGAUUGUGGUGCUGAUACGGGUUGAAGUUUUGAUUAGAAGGCGUUUCGACGAAGCUGAACAGCGCACUGAUAUGUAUAAAUCUAAAUGCGAUUUUAAAGUUUGCUGUAACAGGGUCCAAGACGUGAUACUAGUAUUUCGAGCGACAGAACGAUAGCUAGAUGACUCUAGUACUGGUUCCACUUGUGUUAAACAGCCAAAAUAAAUUCACAUCAAUCACUCCAAGUAAUGUUUUGACAAAGAAAUCAAAGCACUAAUACGUUGUUACUCUUGCAGAAUAAACGUUUCUGAAAAAAAAAUCAACUUGUUUUGAUUUUAAGUAGGACUAGUCUGUGCGUGUAUGAACCUGAGUACUGUGCUAAGGCCCUCUGGACUGACACGAAAUUUUCUUAAAAUGACGUCAUCUUGUUUAUGAUCCUCGUCCACGAAGACUGGUGUCAAGGUCAAGAAAACCAAUAUGGCGGACGAAGCUGAGUCGAAAAUAACAAAAGCUAAAAUGAUUCAAAUAUAUCAUGAAGUCACUAAAGAACAGUUCUUAAAUCAAAUAUCUGCAGCUAGAGUGCCAGCUGUUUUGAAAGGAGUGGAUUUAGGUGAUGCUGUAGAAAAAUGGACGCCGCAAUAUUUAGCGAAAGUUGGUGGCGAGAAGCCUGUAAAAGUUCACGUGUGUAAUGAAGGACGAAUGGAUUUUAUUCACAAGAAUUUUGCAUAUAAGACUCUUCCUUUUAACCACCUUGUAAUGAGAGCAUCAGAAAAUGUUCAUUCAGAAUACUUUUUUUCUCCUGAAGAAAAGUACUAUUUACGUUCUUUGGGAGAGGAUCCUCGAAAAGAUAUUUCAGACAUCAGUGUACAUUUUCCAUCGCUUGCACAAGACAUCAAGUUGCCAGACCUGUAUCCAGAACAACAGUUCUUCUCUAGUGUAUUCAGAAUAGCAUCUCCAGGUUGUCAAUUAUGGACUCAUUAUGAUAUAAUGGACAAUUUAUUGAUUCAAGUGUCAGGCCGUAAGAGGGUAGUUCUUUUUAGCCCACAGGAUGCUUCCAACCUUUACCUGAAUGGAGACAAGUCUGAAGUAUUAAACAUUGAUAAUCCUGAUUUGAAGAGAUUUCCAAGGUUUUCUUCAGCCGUACCAUUUGAAUGUCACUUAGAAGCUGGAGAUGUGCUCUUUAUUCCUGCUUUAUGGUUCCAUAAUGUUUUAUCUAUUGACUUUGGUGUUGCUGUGAAUGUAUUUUGGAGACAUCUUGAUGUGGGGCUUUAUGACAAGAAAGAUAUUUACGGUAACAAGGAUUUACUACCUGCAACACAAGCCAUGCAAAUGGCUGAUAAACUUAUCAAACAAUUGGAUCAAUUACCUCAGGACUACAGAGACUUUUAUGCUAGGAGAAUUGCUUGUAAAUUAGAAAAUAAGUGCUAUAUUCUUGAAGAAAAAGAAAUUUAAUGUUAUGUAUACCAGUAAAUUGAAGUGAUGCAGAGUGUAAAGAAUUGUUGUAGGUACGAAUUAUGUCAUAACAUAACCACUAUUUAAUAGAUAAUUACCGAGGCACGCAGCAUAUAAUGCAGGCGAGGGUGUAGCCCGAAGCUGCCUGCAUUAUACCUACGAAUGCUGCGUGCCGAAGUGAUUAUCUAGUAUAAUUAUUGUUCUUAUCAAAAUCCAAUUGUUUUCUUUCUAGCUUGUUUAUCAUAGAAACAAAGCCAAUAAUGAAUGAACUAAAUAUGUCUGAUUUUCCUCUAUGCAUUCGUUGGGAUAAUGCAGACUGAAAACAAUGGAUUUUGAUAAGAUCAGUAAUUAUAACACAAGAUCUGAUUGGUUAUUUAGCAUAUGCCAGCAUGCAUCCACGCUGACGUGAUUGAGUAGCGUGCCCUUUGCAAUAAAAAUGUCUCUUUAAAAAAUGAAAUUUUCCUUGAUUAACAAAGAUUUGAAUUUUUUUUUUUUGCUAUGUCAAAAGCAUGUCAUUGAUUAGCAUGCUUCCAUCGAGUUUUGGGUGCACUUGGUCUUUUGCUUAAGCACUCAAGAAGCUACGCCUAAUGUGACUCUUACGCUUCCUUUUUCCUUAGCAACAGGCCAAGUCGCUACUUAAUGGUGGUUCGAUAGUUCCAAUGACCCCCUCCCCCCCACUUCAUUCUCUCCCUGUAAACAAAAGCUUUUUUUAAAAGAUCCAAUAAUGCAAUAAAAUGAUUAUAAAGAAAUGGAAUAACUAAAUUUGGUAGAAAAACCAACUCUCCUUCAAAGUUCCUAGCAAUGGGCCUGAGGAACCUCCUGCGUGCACACAAAAACUUGUUGGAAGCAGGCUUAUCAAUGCCCAAUCCUUCAUAUUACUUAUCAAGUUAAAUAAUGGACAAAAGAAUCCAUUUGAUCCUUGUUUAGAGAAGUAAAGUACUGUGUUAAUUAA